AUGCCAUUCGUCGCCGCGGCGGGCACGGGGAAGACAUGCGUCAGCAAGGACGCCGUCGAGAGCUCGUGCCGGGCGGUCCUCGACGGCUGGUGGGACGUCAAGCUCGGCUCCUGGCGGGGGGACGCGGCCUUCGAGGCGUGGAGGGAGUUCGGCCGCGGCGUCGAGACCGACGAGGUGCUGGAGAGGUUCGCCCGGGACCUCCACGACCUGCCGCUGCUGAAGUGGGCCGAGAAGGAGCGCGAAGGCAAGACGGACGACAUGCAGGUGGAGGACUUCAUCGCUUUUGUCCAGCCCAGGUGCGUGGAGAUGGUGCUCAGAGUGUUCGCCGGGGGGGAGCUGACCCAGCUGUCGGGGAAUAGGCUCUUCGACACCGUUUUCGAGGACCAGGCGCCCAGGGCAAGCACGCCCCCCGCCAUAGAUGAGUUGACCUACGGCUGGCUGAGGGACGACACCAUGGCGAAGACUCAGAUGAGCAUGCACUCAAAAAUUGCCGUCAACGGCAAGAAGGAGAAGGAGCACUACCAGUUCAGGCAUUUGCGGAAGCAGUUCGGCGUGACAGACAGCUUCCUGGACGAGUCGGGAACGGCGGCGAGCGCCAGCGACUUCACUGUGAGCUGCGAGCCAAUGUCCGACCCGCACGCCCAGGUGAGAUGGAGGAGCUUCCACGUGCUCGCGAAGAGCUACUUCGAGCACAUGGAGAAGAACCCCGACAGCCUGCUUCCGCGCGUCUACUCCGCCUGGUUCUCCGAGGCUGACAGCAAGCUCUGCUACGCCAUGCAGUCCCUUGUGCCUGGGCAUUUCAUCGACAACGUGGAGUGGAGCCAGGGUCUCAGCAGCGCCAUGCUCUCCUGGGAGUUGAAGGGCUCGACCUCCCUGAAGGAGUACUUCGGGCAGCGGCACCAGUACCACACCUCGAACGGGCCGCUGAACGACGCGGACUUCAAGCGGGACCACGUGCUGAUGUUGCCUGCGCAGAUCCGGGAGGAGCUGAUUGAGCAGCUCGAUCGGGACACCCAGUGGCUGAGGCAGAGCGGCAUGAUGGACUACAGCCUGCAGCUGCUCCGCGUCAAGGUCGGCGACACGGACGCGAACACCCUGAGCAGAGUGUGCCCUGGGGCACCGGACGCGAACAGCCUGAUGCACCGCGCCUUCUUCCAGCGGGACGGAGGUUUUUCUGGCACUGCGGCGCCGUGGGACAGCUGCAUCUACCUGUGGGCGAUCAGCUUGGCGAACGUCUUGCAGCCGUACUCGCUCUACGAGGCCUUCUUCGCUGCGAUGAACAGAGUGGUGCAUCCUGGCAUGAAGCUGACCGACGUCGAUCCCGAGACGUACUCAGAGAGCCUGCAGGCCUUCAUCAUUGAGCACUCGAAGUCGGGGAUCGAGGUGCCCCCUGGCGUAGACCCGACCCUGGCGCCGCAGAAGUACGAGGCAGCCUUCAUCUACCAGAAGUGCUCCGAGUCUCAGGAUAGAGGAGAGCCCAGGGCGCCUCACUUGCCCACGUGCGAGAGCAUAAACCUCGCGGACGUGGUCGCCGAGAUGGCGGGCCUCGUUCGGGAGGCCUCGCGGGACUUCACCGAGGAGGAGGUGCAGGCGGCCAGGAAGAUGUCCAACGUGGAGAGGGCCGCCUGCGUGGAGGGCGCGGCCCCGGCCUCCCUCGUCGUCGGGCCCUCCGCCCUGGACAGCGAGCCGGCCGCCUCGAGCGCCGUGCAGCUCCGCAGGAGCACCUGGAGAAGGCACCAUCGAGGUUACCAGGAGCUCGCGCGGUUCGCCAAGAGGUACGGCUGCGUGUCCCAGAGCGGCUGGGAGGCAGUGAACGCUGCCGCGAUGAGGCAGGAGAGCAGGCUGCUCGAGGAGGUCACGCAGCCUUCGUGCAGGAAGCCCGUGGUCAUCCACAGCACCUGCUCCGCGUACCGGGAGUGCGAGGAGCAGGUCCAGCUGCUGAAGAGGAGGGGCUACAGGGUGUCCGUGGAGGGCAGGGCAGGCCUGAAGGGGCAGGUGGUGGAGACGGGGCUCUCGAGGGCGGACAGCUCGGGGGAGUACUUCGACCAGGACAGCUUCGACCUGUCCGUUGCCGCCGUGAUCCCGCUGAUGGCCCUCGGCAACGGAGAGUGCUCCCUUCGCGUGCGGGCAUCCGACAGCUCUCCAGCUUCGGAGUGCCCCAAUUGGGAGGAGUACGAUCCGUUCGCGCCGCAGGUGCUGGAGGCCUACAAGAUCGCGCUGCUCGACGCCACCGCGGUCGGCCGGGCCGAGCUCGUCCGGGCGGAGAGGGGGCAGGGCCUCGACCCGGGCAGCCGCAUCGCGAAGUUUGUCUGCGACAGGGGGCUGCAGCUCACCGUGGACCACCUGGGCGACGACAUGGCGACCAUCCUGCAGCAGCUGGCCGCGCUCUGCGAGCAGCAGAAGGCGGGCAGCAUCCCGCCGCUCCGCUUCGAGCCCGUCCUCACGGGCUCGAGCAAUUCUACCCUCGAUUUCGUGCUGAUGGCCAUGGGGGACCUGAAGCACGGCGUCACCAUCGAGUCCCUGCAUCCGAAGUCCGUGGAGUUCUGGAUGAAGAACUUGGCCGAGCACCCCCCAAGGCGUGCCAGCUACCUGAUGCCUCUCGGCGCGGCGUGGAGGGCGUUCCACAAGACCUGGGGAGUCUCGGCCAGCGCGUACCUCGACAGCGCCAUGCUGGGGAUGUACAGGAGGUAUGCGAUCAAGGGCGUCCCCACCUUCCGCUCCCUCGAGGACGCCUCCGACGUCCACCGCGACGCGAACUGGGUGGCCCACUUCGUGUCGGAGGACGGCAUGACGGCCAGCGUGGGGGUGGCGCAGGAGCACUGGGACAAGUUGGUGACCCACCUGGCUGAGGACCUCGACCUGCUCCAGAACAUCGGCUCCGUAGGCUACUCCAUGCUGGUGUCCGUCUUCGAGGGCAGGAAGCCCGACCCGGACGCUCAGAACCCGCUCGGGAAGCGGGCCUGGCAGGCCUUCAAUUUCGAGACCCAGAAGAAUGAGGCCGUGCUCUUUGGAGGAAUCGUCGACUACCUCCAAAACGCAAGCAUCGAGGUCUUCGAGGGCCGCGUCAUCGGCACGGACAUUGGCAGCGAGCUCAUCGAGUCGCCGGGCGUGUACGCUUGCCGGCUGUUCAUCUUCGUCUCGACGCAGAUGUUGGCGCCAUGCAAGUGGCCCAAGGAGGAGUCGACACCGAGCAAGUGCGUCAAGGAUUGGACAGAAGCUUUCGAAAACGUAUUCAAGAAGAAACAGUCGUCGGCUGAGAACUCUUUCCUGCCGCAGAUAUGUGAGAAUUUCGACGGCGGGCCAGCUGGCCUCAAGGUAAUCGCCGCUGGGCUCCUCAUGCACGUUGACGAGAAGCUCGACAGCGACAGGCCGUGCGUUGACGGGUUCCGCGCUCCAGAGCAUUGCAUCGACAAGUGGAGGUACAAGAACGAGGACUACACGCAGUGCGCCCACACCGCGUUCGAGUACUCGGAGGUGCUUGCGCCGUGGUGCUCCUGGCAGCCCGAGCUGCCCGAGAACUCCGGCUGGGACGGCCCCUGGAGCUACUGCACCAGGUGCUUCGACACGUGCGCCGAGACGGCCGACGUGGAGGCGCUGGUGCGCCCGUGCCAGUGCGGCGACAGCCUCUGCACGGCGGGCAGGACGUGCAACAAGGGCAAGGGCCCUGGCGCCGGGUUCGUGUGCGAGGAUCUGGACGGCGAGACCCUCGCCAAGAAGCUCUGCGAGUCCCUCGAGACGGGGCGCAGCGGCGGCGGCAGCGGCGAGGGCACCGGCGGCGACGUGAUGGCGAUCAUGGACUCCCUGCAGGACCUCUGCGAGUCCGGAGAGGGCCUCGCCGCCGAGCUGCUGCCGUCCACCCGGGUGGGGGACAAGGAGUUCCUGCUGAAGGCCCAGGGGGACUUCGCGCAGGGCCUCGUCCUCAAGGAACUCACCCUCGCGGAGAAGGAGGACUGGGAGCAGAACUUCGCUUUCAUGCCUCCCAAGCGCGAAAGCUACCUGGUGCCCCUCGUGACGACUUUCGAGGCGUACGGGAAGGCCUGGAGCGUGGAGCCCAACCCGAUGUUGGACAACCCCCCGCCCAAUGGCGACAACUACAACAUCAAGGGCUUCACGAACUAUGUCUGGACCAACGACUGGCCGCAGGGCCUCAGCAUCUCGCAGGAGCACUGGGAGAAGCUCACCAUCCGGCUCUCCAAGGACAUGGAGACGCUCAAGGAUGCGAAGUCGAACUUGUAUCAGAUGCGAAUGACCGUGUUCGACGAGCCGAUCUUCGACAAGAAGAACUCGCGCGGCAAGAACGUGUGGCGAGCGCACGGCUGGGACGACAGCAAGAACUUCGGCGUUCUGGUUGGCGGCGUGACGGACUAUCUUGACCAGAGGAGCCUGGACGACUCGGACUCGGAGGACGCGUCGGACUCGAUCUACGCUUGCCGGUUCUUCCUGUUCAUCACGACCCAGGCGCUGACCCCGUGCAGGUGGUCGCGCAGCGUGGACAACCCCGAG